ACCAAUCGUAGAAACGCGCGCGAUUUUGAAAUGUUUUAUUUCUUUUCGUUGUAGCUUUAUUGAAAGCUAUUGUUUAUGUUUAUCUGAACUGAAGCGUGCUUAUUACAUUUGUUGUUUAUUCGACAUUCUUGAAUUAGGAUUGCAGUGUAACCAUUAAACACUGACAUAAUGGAUACACAAGUUGACGUCGAUUUGUUAGGCAAGCUGAAGACAGUGAAGUAUGGGGAGCUUCAAAAAUUGGCCAAGGGCGUCGGAAUAAAGGCAAACCAAAAGAGCAAGCACCUGCUGGCUGCUCUGACAGAGUACUAUAGACUCAUCAAGGUCGCAAGUCCAACUGGUAAUGCUAAUGGCAACACAUCUCACAAGACUAUGGAUAACGACGAGGAGGAGAGGGGAAUAAUGGAUGAAGAAGAACCAAAUGUUCUACUACUUAGUUCAUCUGAAGAGGUGUCAGGUGGGGAGAACGAUAAAAUAACCCCAAUUCCGAAAAAGGAUUCUCACAAAGCACUGAACAAAACAGGUAGACCAAAAAGGAAGAAACAGGCAACAGCAGAUGAGAGUGUCAAUAAAGCUGAUGAAGUUGUCAGCAAUACUGAUUCAACAAGAUUUUUGGAACAGGAACUAGAGACUGGGGCACUUACAGAAGAAUGUAAAGAUAAAUCAUCUCCUGCUCCAAAGCAUAACGAUAGUGGGCAAAAUAUUGAUGUCCAUAAUCUAACUGUCACAUUGGAGAGAGAAGAUACAACACCAAGCGAAGUAAAAGAAAAUGCAGAGAAAGAGGGCAUUAAAAGGCUGCCCAAGAAGAAGCCUAACCAGAAGGCUGCGUCAAGGAAGGGGAGGAUGACGGCACAGCAGAAAGCAGCCGCAAUGUCACCUGUAUCUGCUGCGCUAGGUGCAGCCCGUGAAACACGUUCUGCUCCGCAAGCUCCAAUUGUUGUAGAAACACCACCUGUGGCACUGAAAUCAUGCCGAUCUUUCAUGAGUCCCACUGUUGCAAGCAUGGCGAGACUGAGCGGCAAGAAAUCACUUGGUUUGGUAGCUUCUAUUCCUCAGAAAAGAGACACCUUUACAAUUGAGAUGUCAUCUACUGGAGGAAAGAGAAAGCGGUCAGAUGCUGAAGAUGAGAUGGCAAUUAAGAAAGCAAAAUCUGACGCUGAUAAAUCAGCCAGCAAGAAAUCACAUACAACUGAGCUCUUUGGAAAGACAUAUAUGAAGAGAAAAUCGUCUUAUACACAGAAGCCUGUGCCAACAGCAGCUCAAAUACCACAGCAAAAACUUGAAGAAAAGACUGACAAGACACCACAACAGAAGCUAAAUGUGAGCAAGACCCAGGAAAAACCAAUCAGGUCGUCUGAGCGGCUUAGGUCAAAGACCAAUACGCCAGGUUCUUCAACAAAAACAUGUUCGGCGGACACUGAUUUGAAAGCUCAAAUCAUUGCUGAGCUAGAUAAGAAAGUCGAGGAAAAAAGAACAUUGUUGAGCAUUGCUGGGAGCAAGGAUAUCAGUGGUACUACGUCCCAUAUUCCCAGAUUCAUUGCCUUUGCUGCCCAGAAAUCAGGAAAAAAGACAUACACUCCAGGUGCUAAAAAUUUUGCAUCAAAACAUCAGCAAAACUUCAACAAGAUAGCUGGGCAGUCCAUUGAGCAUUACCUUGAAAUGAAGCGCAAGAGGACUGAGCAACUCACCGCAUCCGUCGUAAGAGCAAGAGAGGUCGCCGCAAAGACCAGAGAAGCUGUUAGCCGAUUAAAUGCAUCUGUAAAGAAGCCAUUUGUGCCAAUGGCCACCAGCGUUGCGGAUGCAACAUUCAGGUUUGCCAGGACGGCUGAUAGCGAGAACAUAUCAGCAUCCCCAAAAGUCACUAAAAAGAAAUCGAUGAGUGAAAUUGAUGAAACACACGGUUCUGCGACAAGAAACAAGUCCAGCCUACCUCUGUACAAGAAACAGGGUUCAAAUCGCAAAACUAUCCUCAAACCGACGUCUGUCAUUAAAUCAUCAGAAGCCUCAAAUCAACAGAAUGAAUGCAAGUUUGACCUAAAGGCAAGCCUCCAGAAGAAGUUAUCAUAUAAACCAUAUGUUGGUAAACUGGAACCAUUGCGUGAAAAACGUGGGGUGGUAUCUCGCACACACCUGCAUCCAGCCAACAAGACUGGCCCGACUGUUGUUGCGGGAAGAAAUAAUCGAAGGCAGGCAAUGGCAGACAAACAAGCAAAUAUGCGGGCAAACCAACAGAUGUUGCGAAGAGGACUCGUGUAGUUGCCAGCUGCACCCACGUUGUAGUUGUAGGCUUGUACAAAUGUGAACCGCCCUCGCACAAUACGCAACACAAA